AUGCAGCCGCAGCCGCUGCCGCUGGAGGAGGCCCGCGGGGACGGGGCCCAGAACACCCAGUGGUCCAGGCCCGAGUGCCAGGCGUGGACGGCGACGCUGCUGCUGGGCACGUGCCUGCUGUACUGCGCCCGCGUCAGCGUGCCCGUGUGCACCGUGUCCAUGAGCCAAGACUUCGGCUGGAACAAGAAGGAGGCGGGCAUUGUGCUCAGCAGCUUCUUUUGGGGCUACUGCCUGACGCAGGUGGUGGGCGGCCACCUUGGGGACCGGAUCGGCGGGGAGAAGGUCAUCCUGCUGUCCGCCUGCGCCUGGGGCUUCCUCACCGCCGCCACCCCGCUGCUCGCCCACCUCAGCGGCGCACACCUGGUCUUCAUGACCUUCUCGCGCAUCCUCACGGGCUUGCUCCAAGGCGUGUACUUUCCGGCGCUGACCAGCCUGCUGUCCCAGAAGGUGCGAGAGAGCGAGCGAGCGUUCACCUACAGCACCGUGGGGGCCGGCUCCCAGUUUGGGAUGCUGCUGACAGGGGCCGUGGGCUCCCUCCUCCUGGACCGGUACGGCUGGCCGAGUGUCUUCUACUUCUCGGGUGGCCUCACGCUGCUGUGGGUGUGUUACGUGUACAAGUGCCUACUGAAUGGAAAAGACCUCAUCCUGGCCUUGGGCAUCUUGGCGCAAGGCCUGCCGAUGUCCAGGCACACCAAAGUUCCCUGGAGACAGCUCUUCCGGAAGCCUUCAGUCUGGGCAGCCAUCUCCUCCCAGCUGUCGUCGGCCGCCUCCUUCUUCGUCCUCCUCUCCUGGCUUCCCACCUUCUUUCAGGAGACGUUCCCCGGCUCCAAGGGUUGGGUCUUCAACGUGGUGCCUUGGCUGGUGGCGAUUCCUGCCAGUCUCUUCAGCGGGUUUCUGUCUGACCGUCUUAUCAGUCAGGGUUACAGGACCAUCACCGUGCGGAAGUUCAUGCAGGUGAUGGGCCUCGGGCUGUCCAGCGUGUUUGCCCUGUGUUUGGGUCACACCUCCAGCUUCUGUACGUCUGUGGUCUUCGCAUCUGCGUCCAUUGGCCUGCAGACCUUUAACCACAGUGGCAUUUCAGUCAACAUCCAGGACCUGGCUCCAUCCUGUGCCGGCUUUCUGUUUGGUGUGGCCAACACAGCUGGAGCCUUGGCAGGUGUCGUGGGCGUGUGCCUGGGGGGCUAUCUCCUCGAGACCACAGGCUCCUGGACGUCCAUGUUCAACCUGGUGGCCGCCGUCGGCAGCCUGGGGCUGUGCACGUUCCUGCUGUUUGGAGAGGCCCAGCGAGUGGACCUGAGUCCUGCCCACGAGGACCUCUAGCUGCCCCUGCCCUACGUUUCCUUCAGUGCCAUCUCCCUUGGGUGACAGGCUCUGUUUGCGAGCCUCCUGCUCGGGACGGAGC